AGCCCUUCCACUUCCCAUGUCCUCUCUCUAUAUUUAUAUUAAUAUACAUGUACAUAUAUAACUAAGAUCUUAGAGAGAGAAAACAAGAAACAACAACUACAAUGGGUGUGUUUUCGUGUGAUAACACGAUGUUAGUACUAGGAUUCUCUGCUUUCAUCAUGGUUAACCAUGUCUAUAUGGGACAUUCGUUUCCACUGGAUCGCAACUUUCAAACACGAAAAUUGCAAGAAUUUAAGUCGUAUUUCUUCCAACGAGAACAUCAUGUUUCUCUUGCUUCUUCGUCUUCAUCUCCUUCUCCGUCUCCAUCUUCGCCUGCAACAACCGGGUCAGGAGUCUUUCCGGUGAUUGCAUAUGGUGCGGAUCCGACUGGGAAAACCGACAGCACAGAGGCAAUCCUUAGAGCUAUUUCCGACGCCGUUUCCGGCGAUGGUGUUGGGUUUUUAAUGAAUGGUAUAAACAACGUCGGUGGAGUUCAAAUAAGUCUAGAAGGUGGGAUUUACAAGAUCAGCCGGCCGAUCAAAUUCCCGGUGGCCGGCCGAGGGAACAUUCUGAUAUAUGGUGGGACCCUAAAAGCAUCUGAUAAUUUCACAACCGAUGGUUACAUGAUCGAUUUAUCAUCUCCAUCAUCUUCAUCAUCAAAUUCUCAAUACAAUUACGAAUUCAUAACACUUAGAGAUUUAAUGUUAGAUUGUAAUUUUAAAGGAAGCGGUAUCCGAACAAUCAACAACCUUCGAACAAGCAUCGAUAAUUGUUACAUCGCCCAUUUUACCACAACCGGCAUCCUAGUACAAGGUGGACACGAAACCUACAUUCGAAACUGUUUCCUAGGUCAACAUAUUACAGCUGGCGGUGACCCUGGUGAACGUAACUUCACUGGAACGGGCAUUGACCUACAAGGAAACGACAACGCUGUCACAGAUGUUGUCAUUUUUUCAGCCGCAGUCGGAAUCAGUAUUUCCGGACAAGCCAACAUGAUAACGGGAGUACAUUGUUAUAAUAAGGCCAACGGUUUUGGUGGGACCGGAAUAUAUUUAAAGGUCCCUGGAAUCACACAAACUAGAAUCGUGAAUUCCUACUUUGAUUACACCGGAAUUGUAGCCGAAGAUCCAGUACAACUUCAUGUUUCCGACUGUUUCUUUUUGGGUGACGCGUUUAUUGUUUUGAAAUCGGUUCGUGGAGUUGUAGAUGGAAUAAACAUUGUAAACAAUAUGUUUUCGGGAUCUGAUAAAGGGAUUGAUAUCGUUCAAUUAGAUCAAACGAAUCAAGAGUUUACAGAAAUUGGUCACGUAGUUGUUGACAAGAAUAAUGUGAAGGGGAUGAGCUUAAAGGCAACUAUCGCGAAUGGUGUAACAAGGGUCAAUGGAACCUCGUGGAGUAUUGAUUUUAACAAGAUUCUUGUUUUUCCUAGACGUAUAAAAUUUGUUCAACAUACGUUAAUGACUGAUGCGGGUGACUCGUUUCCAAAUACUGUUUUACGAAAUAUAUCGGAAAAUCAGGUAUUGAUUCAAUCAGAUGCGACAGUUGAAGGAAGUGCAUCGGUAACCGUUGAUCAAGGUCUCUGGAUGUCAAGCUAAUUUAUAUGUAUUUAGCUGAAUUCUUUUUCAAUUUGUUCUAUAUGAUAUUGAGUUCAAGAUCUAACUUGAAAUUGUAACUUUCUGUAUGGGAUUUAUAUAAAAGUAUACGGAUU